AUGUCCCCCCAUCCCACCAUCCUCCUGGGCCUGGUGCUCUGUCUGGGCCAGAGGAUCCACACACAGGCGGGUGCCCUGCCCAGACCCUCCAUCUCAGCCGAGCCAGGCUCUGUGAUUCCCCGGGGGCAGCCUGUGACCGUCGUGUGCCGGGGCCCUGCUGGGGUUGAGAGCUUCCGCCUGGAGAACAAGGACAACAGAGGUCAAUUCAAGGAUAAGAGGAGCGUGUCUCAACUUGGUCCACACCAGACAGAAGCCAGAUUCCCCAUCGCCGCUGUGAGGGAAGACGAUGCCUGGCAUUAUCAGUGCAUCUAUGUGAAAGAUUCUUGCUGGUCUGAGCCCAGUGAGCCCCUGAAGCUGGUGGUGACAGAUCAGGCACCUGACGCAGGCCCUCCUGACCCGUCACUCCCGGGAGAGACACAGGUGCGUCCGCAGGACAAGAGCAGCCCCGGCCUGACAGAGCAUGUUUAUAUUCUCAUCGGGGUCUCCGUGGCCUUCCUCCUUUGUCUCCUCCUCCUGGUCCUCCUCCUCCUCUAUCGUCAGCACCGGAGAAAGCGGGGGCCCCCCAGAAGCAAAGGCGAGGAGCAGAGGCCCCAGGAGAGGCUCAGCCCAGGUGCUGACAUCCCAGAUGGGACACCAGAUCUGGCCUCUGUGGACAGGCUUCCUGAGGACGGAGAGGCGGAUGGCCCAACCCCUGCUGCAGGAGGCCCCCAGGAGGUGACAUAUGCCCAGCUGGACCACCAGGCCCUCACACAGAGGGCCGUCAGAGCUGGGUCCCUGCCAUUCACAGAGCCCACCGCCGCGUCCAGCACGUAUGCCGCCAUUUCCAGACACUGACCCCAGGCCCACCUGGCCUCUGCACUAAAGACGCGGCUGGGCACUCCUGCAGUGGACAUUUGGAGGGUUUCCCUGUGGAACCGUCCCUUCCUGAAGUCACCCAGCCAAUUCUCCCACAGGCAAGAGCUGGAGUCCCAUGACCCCCAGUCACCUUCUAGGAGAUCCGUUAACCAUGUGGUUCCUCCCACAAUCAAUGAGCUCCUUGGAGAGAAUGUGUAGUACGUGUUUCCAGAGACCCAGCUGCGGUCACUUGACUGUUUCCAGAGAUCCAGCUAUGGUGCUUGGCUGUUUCCAGAGACCCAGCUAUGGUCCUACAUUCGCCCAGCUGAUUCCAGAUGUGUUCCAUGACUCCUCCACUGCCCCCCGGAGAUCCGGUUUAAUUGUCUUCUCAGCUGGCUCUACAAACCUUCCUGGAUUUCAGCUGUUGACCUUGAACCUGGGUUACGCCUAUGCAGCUGAGACCAUGUUCUCUGGAUGACACGUCACCUUGUUCUUCAAUAAAUGUUCUCACAG